AUGGAGGUUGAGAUGUUGCUCCACCCGCUCUCUCACCCGUCCGCACCGGGCAUUUGCCCGGAGAUGCUGGAGGUGGCAGCGGAGGCAAACCGCGCCGGGGACUACAAUUUGGCCGCCGAAAUCUACAGCUCGCAGCUGGCCGAUCUCCAGCAACCCGACCGAGGCUUGUGUCUACGCAAAGCCGACACAUUGGUGCGUGCCGGCCGACUCUCCGAGGCCCUGGACUCUUACUGUACGGCGGCUAGCCUUGGCAAGCUGCGGCCGGAGGAACUGCCACUGCUGGUUGAGAGCAUCGCCCGGGGGUUGCGUGAGAAGGAACCGGGCCUCCGGAGGACCACCGGCGGUGAGGAAGGCGAGGACGCCGACGGGGAAAGCCCCGAGGACGACCCGCUGGACUUGUUCUCUUGCGGCUUGUGUCGUUGUGUCCUUCACGAACCCUCCACGGUGGAGUGCGGGCACACCUUCUGCAGACGCUGCCUGGAGCCAGAUUCGGUGAAGGACUGCGUGCACUGUAAGCGAGCCCUGGCCCGGAAAGAGGGACUGCCUAACGGCCGCCGGUUGAACGUGGUGCUCGGCGGCCUGUUGGAUAAACUUUUCGCCACCGAGACCCGAGCACGCAGACUGUGGAUUGAAGGCGAGGAGUUGUGGCAGAGCCGAAACCUAGCGGAAGCCUUGGAGAAAUACAACGAUGCUGUGGAAUUGGCGCCAUCUUCAGGACGGCUGCUGUGCCAACGGGCCGAAUUGCACAUGGACAUGGACAACGUGAGUCAGGCGGUGCGGGACGCCAGCAGCCUGUGCCAGAUCAAACCUCGGUGGCCAAAGGCUCACUACCUGAAGGCCACCACGCUGAGCAAAGCGGCACGGAACGACGAAGCCCUGGAAGAAUAUUUCCUAUGUGUGGCGCUCAAACCCGACUGGACCAAAGUUCGAGUGGAGGCUCAGAAGGUCCUGGCCGAGCUCUUCUCCUCUGUUUUCGAAAACCAAGACAUGCCCACGCCGCUGCACCCCCUUCAAGGCGGGGUGGCCUCGCGCCCCAUCAAGCCCCCAGCUCUGCUGAGGACGCUGAGACCCCUUGCCCAGAAACCGUCUUUAUCCACACAGGAAUUUGACCUGAGCAUGACGAAAAGCACUGUGACUGAAGAGUCUUCAUCCAGACAGCGCGACUCCAUUGCGCCACCAGGCGAGGGCAGUGGCACCAGUGCCAGCAAGAGCCUGGCUGACGUCCUGGCCUCCCUACCGACACCGCCCACUGGUUUUAAGAGGAAACAGAAUGACGAAUGCUCCUCCAAUCCCCCCACAAAGAUCCUCAAACCCGGCGAGGCGAGUGAUGUUAAGACAGCGGCUGCAUACAGAGGAAGAGUGGUUCCAUCCGAGCUAUUGGACAGCGGCGACUUAGAGUGCUCACUCUGUAUGAGGCUUUUCUAUGAGCCCGUGGCCACACCCUGUGGGCACACCUUCUGUCUGAAGUGUCUGGAGCGCUGCCUUGACCACAACCCUAACUGCCCUCUGUGCAAGGAGAACCUCUCAGAGUUUUUGGCCACCCGGGGCUACAAUAAGACACUGCUGAUGGAGGAGAUACUGCAGCGUUACCUGGCUACCGAACUGGCAGAAAGGAAGAAGGUCCACGAGGAGGAGAUGAAAGAGCUCUCCAAUCUGAACCAGGAAGUGCCCAUCUUUGUGUGCACUAUGGCCUUCCCCACAAUCCCAUGUCCAUUGCACGUCUUUGAGCCGCGGUACCGCCUCAUGAUCCGCCGCUCCAUGGAGACGGGCACCAAGCAGUUCGGCAUGUGUAUCGCCGACGAGCUGAAAGGCUUCGCCGACUACGGCUGCAUGCUACAGGUCCAAGACGUCAAGUUCUUCCCUGACGGCCGCUCUGUAGUGGAGACCAUUGGAGUGUCUCGUUUCAAAGUCUUAAGUCAUGGCCAGAGAGAUGGCUACCACACCGCCAAAAUAGAGUACCUAGAAGACAAAAAGGUAGAAGGUGAGGAGCUGGUCCAGCUGCUCAAGCUGCACGAUGCGGUCUAUGAACAAGCUAGCAACUGGUUCACGUCGCUCAAAGACAACAUGAAGACUCAAAUCGUCGGACACUUUGGACAACUACCUGGCAAAGACCCUGACCCGCAGGCAAGUAGCAGUGGGCCAGCCUGGUGCUGGUGGCUACUAGCUGUGCUGCCGCUGGAGAACCGGGCCCAGCUGACCAUCCUGUCCAUGAGCUCCCUGAAGGAACGGCUGCUAGCCAUCCGCAAGGUUCUCAUCUUCGUCAUGCGAAGGAGACCGCGGUGA